UACGUGAGCUAAACGAUUAAAAUAAUUGUAAGUUUCAGACACAAAUAUUUUGGCCAUCUAUCACAUUGGUGAGAAGUGGUUAAAUAGAGGUCUUGUCUACCGACUUGGAACCCCCCUGUUCUGUGGCGCACUGGUUCCGUCUGGCUCGCCCUCAGCUGCUGCGUGUCCUGAGAUGACCUGUUGAUGUCGGUAAAAUGGAGUAUAGCAGUGGGAGUCAUUUCCCCAUCCCAAAAAUAUUUAAAUAAAUACGAUUUGGAAUCGAUAGCUGACACCGUGGGACAACUGUCAACCUCAUCGAUACAGUUUGUGACAAUCGGUUGUUUUUAUUUCGUGGGUAAUCGCGGAAGCAGCGGAUACUGUGCGGUUGUCUGAGUGCAUGAGGUGGAUGGUGCGCUGGGGCGAACCCAAAAUAUUUUAGCAGUGCUAUGUUAGCUUGCUAGUUUAGCUAGCUUAGCUAGUCCUGACAGGCACCAGAUUCAUAGGCCUGCGGAUGGGAUGCGUAUAUUGCAAUGAAAGACGGGACUAAAAGCGAAAGAUGUCGACCUUUUCAAACUGAUUAAAGUUCGUUAUUAUAUCCGUAUACUUUUUUGACAGCUGGCAAACGCCGUGGCGCUCCUGGAUCGCGUGUUGCUGCAUUCACUGCCAUUCUCUGUCGCCCCCCGGCCCGUGCCAGUGGAGCACUCCGAGCGGGCAGACUGGCACACGGCGCGGCGGUCACCUCCGCACAGAGACAACUAUCGCCGCGGUUUGAUCUUGCAUCCUGGUCAAAACGCAACUCACGGGAGAUACAAUUUGUAGCUAGUAUCAGCUAGCUAUCACUUAAGAGACCCUGUGGUGGUGUGCGCACCAUGGCCCAGACCCUUCAGAUGGCGAUUCCUAACUUUGGCAACAACGUCCUGGAGUGUCUGAACGAGCAGCGUCUCCAGGGGCUCUACUGUGAUGUCUCCGUGGUCGUCAAGGGACACGCCUUCAAGGCUCACCGUGCCGUGCUUGCGGCUAGCAGCUCUUACUUCCGGGACCUGUUCAGCACUGGGGGAGGCAGCGGCUCCAAGACCCCCACAGUGGUGGAGCUCCCCCCGGCCGUCCAGCCCCAGAGCUUCCAGCAGAUCCUGGCCUUUUGCUACACAGGCCGCCUCAGCAUGACAGUGGGAGACCAGUUCCUCCUCAUGUACACCGCAGGCUUCCUGCAGAUCCAGCAGAUCAUGGAGAAGGGCACAGAGUUCUUCCUCAAGGUUUCCUCGCCCAGCUGUGACUCCCAGGGCCUGCAGGCCGAGGAGGCUCCGACCUCUGAACCCCAGAGCCCCGUCACUCAAACCGUUGCCGCGGGGACUGGCAGUCGCCCCGCCUCCUGCCUUACCCCCCUCCCCCUCGUGUCGCGGGUGAAGACAGAGCAGCAGGGCAACCAAUCAGAAGCCUCGCCCUAUUCGGUGGUGUGCACCCCUGUGGCCAAGCGCUUGUGGGAGGGCAGCAGCAGCCGAGACGGGGGUGGAGGGGGCUCAGGUGGAGGCGGGUCCAGGAAGGCCGCCCGCUUUUCCCAGGAGUCCGUGCGAGGGAGUGCCAUCCAGAGCGGGGCGGGGAUAGGAUCAGGGGUCGGGGGUCACGGCAGCGGGUCCAACGGGAGUGUGGUCUCCAUGGGCAACGUGGCAUCGGAGGGCGCCAGCCCGGGCACGAUGAGCGCCUACACCAGUGACUCGCCUAUCAGUUACCAUGACGAGGAGGAAGAGGAGGAGGUGACGGAGGAGCAGACGGAGGAGCAGUACAGGCAGAUCUGUAACAUGUAUACCAUGUACAGCAUGCUCAACGUGGGCGCCGCAGCUGGUGAGCGUGUGGAGGCCCUGCCAGACCACUCAGAGACCCGGGGUCGUAUGCGGGGUCGCCAGGACCUGUCGUCUCUCCCCGCUGAGCUCAUCACACAGAUAGGCAACCGCUGCCACCCCAAACUGUACGAGGAGGGGGACCCCGCAGAGAAACUUGAGCUUGUCUCAGGUACAUGUGUGUUCAUAUCUCGAGCCCAGCUGAUGAACUGUCAUGUGAGUGCAGGGACCAGACACAAGGUGUUGCUCAGGAGGCUGCUGGCUGCCUUCUUCGACAGGAAUACUCUGGCUAACAGCUGUGGAACAGGAAUCCGCUCCUCCACUAACGACCCCAGCCGCAAGCCCCUGGACAACAGAGUGUUGCACGCAGUCAAAUUCUACAGCCAGAACUUCGCCACGAGCUUCAAGGAGAGCGAGAUGAACGCCAUCGCGGCGGACAUGUGCACCAACGCCCGCCGCGUCGUCCGCAAGAGCUGGAUCCCCAAGCUGAAGCUGCUCAUGGCCGAGGGAGACGCGUACUCCGCAUUCCUCCCUGACGCCAAGAUGGAGGCUGACGCCCUAGGGGCGGAGCCAGGCUUUGAACCCAACUCCCUGGAGGGCGCCGAGACAGGCGGCUCGUCCGGCGAGUCGCUGCAGGGGGUGGGCAGCGACGGAGGCACUUUGUUUUAGAUGGGGAGGUGGAGUACAGAAGUGUUUAGAAGACAACGAUGAUGAUGAUGAUGAAUACCUAUAUUUCCCUGUACUCCCCUCUUUCUUCUCCUCUGGUGGUGUGGCCCAUCCCCCUGACCCUUUGGCCUUUUGAUCCUCCUAUAUGUGACUCUGAAACGUUGCUAGGGGAAACAGGGGUUGUUACCAGGAUGUUAACCAGGAAGUUAUGCUUUAAUUUUGAAAGCGAAAGUCCAAGCAAUCGUUACUUCUAAUAUGGUUUCUGCUGUAUAUUAGUAUGGGGGUAGAGAAAGGGUGAUGGGUUUGUGGGAUUGCAGUAUUUUUAUUUAUUUACAUUUUUAGUUUUUUUAACCAAAUUCCUGCCUCUCCAUAUCAAAACACAUUCCCCUGGUUUUGAAUGUAGAUGUCAGCAGCAUUGCACAAUGUCAGUCUGAACGAUUGUAUCCCAACCUCUUGAGGAAAAACAAACCGACAGAAAGAUAACUACUCUAUGGAUAUGAGAGAGACUGUAGUUUCUCUCUAGAAUGAGAGAAAAGGGGAGAGAGAGAGCGAUAGAAAGACCCCUACCCCACCAGUCCUCCAACCCCACACCCUUCUGUGACCAGAACAAAAGGAUUAUACCCUCGGUUUUAAUGUACUGUCUCUCUUGUAGCUGUUAUGAUCACAGCUCCUUUCUCUGUUUGUAACAUGGAUCCAGAGAUGAGGACUACAGGUUGUACCAUAAUUGUAAAGAAAUCCAAGGGGAACAGAAAAAGACGGUCAUAUUUUUUUGAAUAUGUAUUUAUACAACCGUGGGUGUGUACAGAGAGAAAGAGAGGGAUUGGUUUUAAAUCUCUGUUGUUUUAUUGUAUUUUGAACAGCUGUUUUUGCAAAGAAAGUCCUGCUCCGAAAAAUAAGAUUUAAAAGCAAAUAAAUAAAAGUGCUAUUUUUGCAUAAAAAUAUGGUAUUGAUCAAGUGGUCGGAAAAGUCUUAACGUAGGGCCUUUUGAGUUUUUUGUUUUGACAAACUAUUGAACUGAAAAAUAUCUGUUUUUAAGACAGAACUGGGCACUUUCUACCUGCGGCAAUCCAAUAUAGCUUAUCUUAUUCUUGUCCUUUUUCUCUAUGGAAAUUGUCAAGGAAGCCUACCUAUGUGGCUGUUGACAACGAUGACUGACUAUGUUAUGCUUGCUAGCGAGCUAGCAACGUUACUAUGCUAGCUAUACUGCUCACUCGAAAAUCACGGCUAAAAAUGUUAAAAAUGCACAGCUUGAAUCAACUGGUUGACUGCUGCAACUAUUGUGCUAGCUAGCUAACCCCUCCUCUGUUGGUUAGUGACGUGCUCCGAAGCAGACUACUGACAUCAUUACACAUCAUGAGGUGGUGAUUCAAGGACCGGAAAACAUUUGGAAUAAUGGAAUGUGCCUUUUUUAAUCGACAUGGAUAUGCAGGGGUGGGUCCUGCUUAUGUUGAUGUUGGGAGGAGGGAGUAGAAUGGGCUUUAAAAGGUGGCAGGUCGUUCAGCUUGAGACAGAGUUGUAACACACACACACACACGUGUCCCAAAGAGAGAUGGGGUGAGGUCAAGGGGAUUGGCAUUCUGGUGGAGUAUGUUGAUAUGUUUUAAACAGUCUCAUAUAUGUGUGAGAACAAGCAUUUGUGUUCAUUCCUCGAAUGUGACUGAAAAGUAUAUUUGUUCCUGUGCGAUUGAUGUGUGUGAGUGCGCUUUAGGUGGAUGUGCGUGUGUGAGUGUGUGUGCUUUUACGUGUGUGUAUGUCCUCCACCUGGUAGUGUUUUGGAUUGGUUUAAGACUCUCUGCUGGGACACUUGUCUUUGUGAACAAUGACCUACACCAUCUUCCAUACACCUUUGCAAUCCAAAAGAUGUGAGACACCUUCAGAUAGAAAAGUGAGGUAUAGAGCGGACACAAUUCACUUUUAUCCAUACGGCUGAGAAGCAGGUCCACUCUAUGCAUAAUAUUUCUGUCCCGAUUACUGUUUAACUCUCUCUCACACUUGGUAAAUCCAAAAUGGACAUGUUAAAGGGGAGGUGAAGCACCUUUUUAUAUGGGGUGAACCCAUGUUUCCUGCACCUUUGAUAAGGGGUUUUGAUGGGUUGUGUGGAGAAUCAACCCAAGGGUCAUGCAAAGGCAUGGCCUUGUUCAAAUAUUUUUAAGCUGCAUCCUUCCCCCUUUCCUUGAUGUAAGUACUUCAGGGAAGGGUGCAUUUAGAGAGUAUUGGAACAUAGCCUGCGUCUCAUAUCUGUGGAUGUGGGAUGCACUGGGAUGACUCCUGUUGUAAAUAUUGGGACCGUUGAGCUGAUUUUCUUUCUACGCUCGUCUAGCGUUUUCCUAUGUAGGGUGAUUGUGUAAAAGUGUGGAAGCGAUGAAAGAGGACCGUUUUUUAUAUAUUUUUUGUUAUUUUUUUUACUUGGUCUCGCGUGUUGUCGAGACAUCAUGUAGACUGGUGUGUGUGUGAGCUCCCAGCAUGCAUUUGGCCUACAGGUCAGAGGAGGAUGAUGGUUGCUUUGGUCUUAAAGUACUGGCCUAAUGUGCUACUGAGUUGGUGUGACUGAAGGGAGGGAGGUGGGGUCAUGUUUAGGGAAGAGGUGUCGUGGCUGCAGACUGUCCAUCAGAAUGUUGUACAGAAAAAAAUAUACAUUUUUUAAAUGUUUUUUCUUGUAUUUUAUUUUUUCUUUAAAGAAACGUGUACUGUAAAGACCUUAAAGAAAUGCUACUAAUUGAAGGUGGUGAAUGAUUUACCAACUUCUUCCUGAAGAAAAAAUUGAAAAGGAAAGAAAGAUAACUGUACAAGAGCUAGACAGAGCACCGAGAGCUAGACAGAGAACUGUAUAUUUUUUUCAUUGUUUGUGAUGAGGGUUCCAUGAGAGGUUCUUCCAGGGGGGGGGGGGGGGGUGAUUGGAAGACUAGGGCACUGUACUGUCUCUUGUCUAUUGGGGGGAAUCAUUUUUGGGGAGGUGGGUGGGUAGUAGUGGGUGUGUGGAGCUAUAGAGGUCUGAAUUACAAACUUUGCACCUGUUAUUGAACCUGUACACCAGGCUCUGAUUUCACCCUGCUGAACAAAUCCCAUGAUAUUAUGGACACUGUCAGAUCCACUCUUUGUUUACCACCUGCUGUUCACAUGUGGUACUGCAGACCAGUGCACUGCCUGGAGCCACCACCAGAUGACAGUAUUUCCCCCACAGACUAUAGUCAAUGACUGAGUUGGUUACUAAGUGAUCAAAGUUCAGUUUUGUGUUUUGGAGAGGGUUACUUCUCUCAGCUCUGAAGCACAAGACUAAAGGAACAGAAAGGAAUGUUUGUUUGUGUGAGACAGGACAGUUCAAGCUGAUUCAUCCUACAUCCCUACAGGUAGAUGUCCCUCCUCCCCCAACACACACAUCUCAAGAAGAUGGACAAACAAAGGCGUAUAUAGGCUUGGAGAAGGACCUUUUUUCACAUAUACAUAUAUAAAUAUGAAUAUAUGUAUAGAUAUACUGUAUAUUAUACAUAGAGGCACUAAAGAAGUUGGAUUGUUAGUCGUGCACUCUCAGCAUGAGGUAUAUACCCACAAACCGCUUAUUGAAAUCAGUGCAGUAGCGUCCCCAAUGUCUCUGCCCCUGCUCCUUGCCCUCUGUGACCCUGUAGCGCCAGUGCUCAUUCUGUUCUCAUUGUUUUCCAAGUGCCAAUAACUUUGUGAAACCCCUUAACUGUGACCCAAUAUUAUUCAAGGUAAUUGCACAUUAACUACUGUAAAGAAAAAUCAUUAAGAUAAAUGUCAACAUGGAUUAAAAAAAACUAUCUUAAUAAAAGGUUUGUAACAAAUGA